UUAAGGAACAUGCCGCGGGCCUUUCUGGUGAAGAAGACGAGCGUUUCGCCCGGAAAACGGAACUGGAGCGAGCUGCCAGACCAUGAGCGCGGGGACGUCUACGUCCCAGUCUCCAUCUUUCCUCCGUCCACCCUGAUGACGGGGGCUGAAGCCAGCCUGGCGGAGACAGUCCCGCUCUGCCUCACCAAGCACACAAAUGCCCCCUCCGAUAGGCACGCGCACGCCGAGCUGCCGUCAUGCACGGUGCUGGGCAAACCGCAGAGCCCCACAGUGUUGUCGGAGGAGAGGUCAGAGGUCAGGAAGAGGACGCAGGGGAACUCCACAUACGUCCGCUCCAAAAUCAAGGUAACUACAGGCGAAUUACCCGAGUCACCUCCCCCUCCCCUUUCCCUUCCUCCUCUUCCUCCCCAACCCACUGUCACUCCGGACGUCGCUGUGACUCCAGUUGCCCCGACGACAGCCACCUCCGAUGCGACGACGUUCUCCAUGGUGACCAGGUCGACAGAAGGUCAAAGUACAUCAACGGAGACGGCGGCGUGUCCGUUUUUGUGCAAGGUAUGCCAGAAGGGUUUUCAGCACCAGCGGAUGUUGAAUAGACACGCCAAGUGUCACAACCAGACCAAGAGGCACCUCUGCACCUUCUGUGGCAAAGGCUUCAAUGACACAUUCGACCUGAAACGACACGUGCGCACACACACAGGGGUCCGUCCCUACAAGUGCAGCCUCUGUGACAAGGCCUUCACCCAGCGCUGCUCCCUCGAGUCGCACAUGAAGAAGAUCCACGGGGUCACCCAGAAGUACGCCUACAAGGAGCGCCGCAACAAGCUGUACGUGUGCGAGGAGUGCGGCCACACGGCGGGCACCCAGGAGGAGCUGGGCUUCCACCACCAGGCCCGCCACCCUGACUGCCCGUUCCUGAAGGGGAAGGCAGCGAGGAGAUCGGGGGAGCGGGGAGGAGCGGGGCACAGAGAGGGAGGUUUGUCCACGGGGGGAUCCGCACCAGGGUCCCCGCAAGGUGCCGACAGCAACAAUAGUACGGGGUCGGAGGGGCAGUAGGAGCAAGGAGGGAUGAGAGAGGAUGGGUUGGAAAACAGUGAAAGAAGAGUAUGAAUUCAAAAGGAGUGGAUAGAUGAAAUGGAAAUGGAAACAGAAGGCAUUAUGGAAAGCCAGUCAGACAAAAGACCGACCAAUGGAUGGAUGGAUGGAUGGAUGGACAGAUAGACAAAUAAAUGUACAGAUUUUAGAAUGGCUGAGGUAUCUAAAAACUAAACUCAAAGGGCAUCAUGGCAUCAUGUAGCACAUAAGGCCAAGUCUGUGCUGUAAUUUCCUUUUUUUGAGGUUGAUGAGGUUAUAAACAUACCAUAUUACUGACGGUAGGACCAUCAUCAUCAUCCUCAGAUGAUAUUUUAACACUGUACUGUUUUGUAUGUAAAAAGGACGGGGUUUUCUGUACAGUAGAAUAAAACAUUUCCUGUAGAAUAUACUUUAGUCUUUAAAGGGGGUAAUAUAUUAAAUGAAAGUGUAUCCUGUUUUGUUUUUUUGUGUUGUUUUUUUGGUACGUUUUCAUUCUCGUCUAUUACUUUAACUUUGGGGAAACGAGACCGCGGCCUGCACGUUGUGUUUGAUUAACACAGUUGUUUUAGAAAAUCGGAUGUCUCUGUCAUCAUUCUACUUGUAAACUGCUAAUUAAAAAUUUACA